GAUAGAAAAAUAAAAAUAAAAAUAUUAACCGAUCGAAGUUAGAGAACUCAAACAGGCUCAUUCUCUUGCCCUUCUUUCCAGCGCCAUUACCUCCAUUCCUUCUCCCUUCGCGCCGGCCUCUGUAUUUCUUUCCCGUCGCCUUCGUUUCUCGGCGGUUCAAAGUUGGUGUUUAAGUGCUGAGAUGGAACAAGAAGCAGAACAACCUGUUCAAAUUCAAGGAGGGAGCUCAGACGGUUCAGAAUCAGAUCUAGUUAGUCGGGUAAGGAAGCUUCUGUUUCGCCGGAUGUUGAUUGGGAUCAAGGAUGGAAGAUUCUUCUUGGGUAACUUCUAUUGCAUUGACAAGCAAGGGAAUAUUAUUCUUCAGGAUACCGUGGAGUAUCGUAGCACUCGACGUUCGGCACCUUCUCCUAUGGAACAGAGGUGCAUUGGUCUUAUUCUCAUUCCUUCUUCUUGUCGCACGUCCUGUCAUGUGGAUUUCUCCGUAGAUGAACAAUUGUCACUUCUAUCACUUAAUGAAAAAUGAGUGCUUCAGGGGUUUCAUUGUUGAUGGAAUUCGAGAUUUUAGUAUGCCUGUGUUGCGAUAUAGGAUUGUGGUAGUUGCUUAGUUUUUCAGUCAUUAUAGAUAAAAGUGUGUUUCUGACAUUCUGGUUCGUUUGUCCGGCGGUAAAAAUGAAAGCAUGUUUCCGAUAUUACAUAGGUUCUCUAUAUUGUUGUUACUUUGUUCAUGCCAAUGCCUUCUUCUCCCCUCAAAUCUUGUACUGUGAUCUGUAAGCAUCCUAAACUUCAUGUUGCCUGUAUUGUAAUUGAGAUGUUGAGUUUGAUCUAUCAAGUAUCUACAAAACAUUACUAAUGA